AUGAGUUUGACCAGACUGUUAGAACUGGUAUUUGAUUACAAUGGACCAACGAUUGUCUUUCUCAAAGCUAAAGAAUUUUUAUUCUGUUUAUUGUCUGACCAAGGUUUAAAAGAAUCAUUAAAAACGUUUGGCAAAGAGUAUUCAUUUCUCUAUCAGAUUCAACCGAAAUUUAUUCGACUUGUAUCUGGUAAAUUAGGCACAGAUUCGGGGAUAUUUUAUGCAAAUUUUACUUCGAAAACAUCAAAACGUGGUCUUUUUGUGGGGCACCAACCACUGAUAUCGCCUGUAAUUGAAAUAAAUGAAGAUUUUACUGAGUUGAAAUAUAAUUCUGGUCUACCAAUACGUUUAAAUGCAAUCGAAGUUUGGGCAGCUGGUUCCAGUGAUCACAUGUCUAAAUUAGAAGAUCAAAAGAAAUGGGAAUCUGAUCAGGUUGCUAAAGCGAAAGAACGGAAGUUGAAAAAUGAAACAUGGCAAGAUUCUGCUGAUCGUUUCCUUCUAGAAUUAGAUGGGAAGCGAGUAUGUCAUUCUGAUGGGAUUGAACCACCAUGAAUACUAUUUGAAUUCACUCUAAUUUCCGAGUAUACUUCUCAGCGAAAUGCAUAAUAAUAAUAAUGAUAAUAUAGCUGAAACUAAGUCGCCGACUUUUCAAAAGACCAAUUCUUUUGAUGUAAGUACUUUUUAAACUUCCAUUCUCGCACCAAGAAUCUCUUUUUUGCCAUGGAUUUUAAAUAUCAUUUUUCAUCAUUUGCUUUCGGGAAUAUUUUCUAUUAUGUCGUAAAAUCACUGCACAUUUUAACUAUUCUUAUCUUAUCUGUUUAAGUUUACAAAAUUCUUCAGUCACCAUCGUUUUUUUCUUGUAAACAUUAGAUCAGUUGUAACAAUGAUUAUCGUUAAUAUUCUUCGUUCAUAUAUUUCUAUGUAAAUGUACAGAAUGAGUAGACCGUCCAUG